AUGGCAAGCAUGAAACUAGGAACACAUCUCAAUGCGGACGUCCUAGUGCUCUUCGCUUUCAACCACACGCUGGUGGAUGUCGACUCGAACGUCCACAUCGCCCGAGCACUCGACGCCGAUCUGGUUAACACAAUCUGGUCCAAAAAUGCAGCAGACAAGAAGAUCGACCGUGCCAAAACCAUGGACGAAUUCUUCGUGGAACUCGCUAAACAUCACCCCGAAGUGACACACGAGGAUAUCCGCAACGCAGCGCAACGUCUCCCAUUCAGUCAAAGCAUACUGGACGCCGUCCGUCUCGUAGUAGACGACUUCGGUGCCACGUGCAAAAUCGUGAGCGACUCCACCGUCUUUGGCGUUCGAAGUUUUCUGGAACAUCAUGGUUUGGCCGAUCAAGUGAGUGAGGUGGUAGCCAACUCGACACACUUUGAAGACGGAGGCAAGGUUCUGAGAGUGAGACCUUACCAUGGAAACCAUUUGGCACCGCAUGGCUGUCGGAACUGUCCCAAUAACUUGUGCAAAGGUGUUGUACUGGAACGGAUCCUGCAGCAACAUCGGUACGCAAGAGUGCUGUACGUUGGUGGAGGCAUUGAAGACUUCUGUCCAUCGACGAAGGUGCCAAACGACAUCACGGUGAUUGCUCGCAAUGAAGUACUGUCGCUGCCGAACACUUUCCCGGACACCGUUCAAGUCCAGCAAUGGAAGGCCGGAGAUGACGUGCUUUCCUUACUCCGGAACUUCUUUCACCAGUAUCCCAGCAAGCAGGUGGCACAAGCGAGCGUUAAGACGUUCUCACCCAUUUCCCAGGUUUUCUCGGGCUCUGGACAAGUGCUGGUGGUCUUCGACUUCGACGAGUCGCUGGUGAACAAAGACUCGGACAGAUUCGCUUUUCAGUGCUUCCAUCCAGAGCUGAUCAAGACACUCGAGGAACGACACGCACUGAAUCCAGUGUGGCCAAGCGUAUUUGAUGAGUUGCACCAAAUCUUGGCUAACGAAAAACCGGAGCUAACGCCUGAAUUAAUCUGUGCGCGAGUGGCACAAAUUCCAAUCCAAAACCGCAUGGUCGAUGCUGUUCGCAUGGCAGUGGAGCAAUUUGGUGCAGAAGUCAAGAUCAUCAGCGAUGGCAACAGCCUCUUCAUCGAAAAAGCGCUGAAGUUCCAUGGACUGGCGCCAUAUAUCAACGAGGUCUUGACAAACCAAGCCGAUCUCGAGACCAUGGACAACGGACGCACCAGGAUUCGUCUUCGUCCGCAUCAUGAUCAACCGAUGAACUGUUCGUGGUGUCCGUCUAACUUGUGCAAAGGCAGCAUCUUGGACUCGAUUCGCAACAAGAAGCAGUACUCUCACGUUCUUUACGUCGGUGAUGGUAUUGGCGACUUCUGUCCUGCAUCGCGCUUGACAAAGAACGAUGUCGUGUUUGCACGCGCGGAUGAAGUUGAUGGAAGAUCUUAUGGGCUGCAAAAGCGAAUCGACAGCAAUCCAACGCUGAUUAAGGCGUCGGUCGUACCGUGGAACACAGGCGACGAUAUCUAUCGUCACUUUGCUCAAGUUCUCCACGCACAGACUUGA